AUUGCGAGUCAAAAACUGACUUUUAAUCCGAAUGAAACAUACUACUUUUUCGCCAGCCAAAAAGUAAAUCUCAAAAAUACAAAAUAUUGAUAACAAUAAUAUCGAGCAGAAAUGAAUCAAUCUGCAAAGUAGUCUGGUAUCCACGUCGUCAAGGCUUUUUUUGUUUGCUUACAUACCAUUGUUUUGUGAAAACGUUUGCAGUGUUAAUAAUGAAUCCUGAAGAAGAGUUACCUCCCGAUGUGCUAGAAGAAGCACAAAACGUGGUACUGAACUUGUUACCAACAAAAUCGCGCGAAGUGUAUGAGUGCGCGUAUACCCGCUUCAUCAAAUGGUGCGAAGGGAAAAAGAUUCAAACUUAUUCUGAGAACGUCCUAUUGGUAUAUUUUUCCGAAUUGGCUACAAAAAUGAAGUCAUCCACACUGUGGUCGCAGUAUUCCAUGGUGAAAGCAACUUUAAAUAUAAAAAAUGGCAUAGAAAUCGGAAAGUAUUCAAAAUUAAAAGCGUUUAUAAAGAAACAAGGAGAAGGAUACGUUCCAAAGAAAUCAAGGGUUUUAACUAAUGAACAAAUAGAAGUUUUCUUAGACACGGCUCCGGAUUUCAAAUUCCUGAUGAUGAAAAUUGUUGUAAUCUUUGGCGUUAGCGGAGCUUGUCGGUGUCACGAACUAUUACAAAUAAAAACUGAAGAUAUUGAAAAUAUUAAAGCAGGUUUAUUGGUAAAAAUUCCUGAUACCAAAACGAAAAAACCCAGAUCAUUUACGGUUAUGGGGGAAAAGUAUUUGAAAUUUUACGAAAAGUAUGUUGCGCUUCGUCCAAAAAUGUUUAAUGAAGGUCGGUUUUUUAUUAAAUAUGUCGACGGAAUGUGCCAUCGACAAGUAGUUGGCAUUCAUAAAAUUAGUGGUGUACCCCAAGAAGUAGCCAAAUAUUUAAAGCUAGAAAACUUUAAAGAAUACAGCGGACAUUGCCUACGUCGGACUUCUGCCACGCUUUUUGUGGAUUCUGGCGGUGAUAUUACGUCCCUCAAGAGGCACGGUGGGUGGAAAUCUGACAGUGUAGCCGAAGGUUACAUAGAAGAGUCUCUUAAACACAAAAAAGAUGUAGCAAAAAAAAUUUUUCGUUUGGAAGAACCAGGUACAAGUAGUGAAACCACAAGUAAAAUACAUGAAGACGCAACGAAUAGGAAUGUGAGCGAAGUAAACCUAGAAGAAUCAGGUACAAGUAGUGGAACUACGAAUAGAAUGAUCACACGUGAAGACGGAAUAAGUAGGAAUGUGGGAGCAGUAAACCUGAAUUUUGACACUGUGACCAACCAGACAGCAGGAGCGGUAGAAGUGUUAGCGCAAAAUAUUAUUACUGACCGCAUGAAAAAUGAUAAUAGUGACGGAAAAUCUUUAAUCCAAAUCAAUCGCAGUUGUUCUUAUUGUACAUUCAAUAUUAAUUUUAAAAUUUAAAUAAUUAAUAACAAUGUAAGUUAAUAAUAAAAUUGGAAAAUAUUAA